AUGGAAUUCAGCCUGAACAUUAUUCUCUUUCUAGCCUUACAUCUCGUGCCUGAGGUGCAAAGCUCAAUGGUAAAUUUGAAUAACAAUGGAUAUGAUGGCAUUGUCAUUGCAAUUAAUCCCAGUGUUCGAGAAGAUGAAAAACUCAUUCAAAACAUAAAGGAAAUGGUAACUGAUGCAUCUACUUACCUGUUUCAAGCUACCAAAAGAAGAGUUUUUUUCAGGAAUGUACACAUUUUAGUUCCAAUAACCUGGAAAUCAAAAUCUGAGUACUUAAUGCCAAAACAAGAAUCAUAUGACCAGGCAGAUGUCAUAAUCGCAAAUCCUUCUCUGAAAUAUGCAGAUGAUCCUUAUACACUGCAAUAUGGACAAUGUGGAGACAAAGGACAAUAUAUACAUUUUACUCCAAACUUCUUAUUGACUAAUAACUUAUCUGCUUAUGGGCCCCGAGGCAGAGUAUUUGCCCAUGAAUGGGCCCACCUUCGGUGGGGAGUAUUUGAUGAGUAUAAUGUGGAUCGGCCAUUCUAUAGUUCCACAAAGAAUACUAUUGAAGCAACAAGAUGUUCCACCCAAAUUACUGGCCGUAAGGUGGUUUUCAAGGAAUGCAAAGGAGGCAGCUGCAUAACCAGGCCAUGCAGAUGGGACUCACAGACGGGUCUGUAUGAAGCAAAAUGCACAUUCAUCCCAGACAAAUCUCAGCUUGCAAAGGAAUCCAUUAUGUUCAUGCAAAAUCUUGAUUCUGUGACUGAAUUUUGUACAGCAAAUACACACAAUACGGAAGCUCCAAACCUACAAAACAAAAUGUGUAAUCACAGAAGCACAUGGGAUGUAAUCAUGGACUCUGAGGAUUUUCAGAAUGCAUCUUCCAUGGCAGGAACGGAUCCGCCACCUCAUCCUAUAUUUUCUUUGCUCAGAGCCAAACAACGAGUAGUCUGUUUGGUACUUGAUAAAUCUGGAAGCAUGGACUCUGAAGACCGUCUCCUUCGAAUGAAUCAAGCAGCAGCACUGUACUUAAUUCAAAUUAUUGAAAGAGAAUCCUUGGUUGGGAUGGUCACUUUUGAAAGUACUGCUAAAAUCCAAAAUAAUCUAACAAAAAUAACUGAUGAUGACACUUACCAAAAGAUCACUGCAAACUUGCCUCAAGUUGCUGGUGGUGGAACCUCCAUUUGCAGUGGACUCAAAGCAGGAUUCCAGGCUAUUACUUACAGUAACCAGAAUACUUCUGGUUCUGAAAUCGUGUUACUAACAGAUGGGGAAGAUAAUGGAAUACAUUCAUGCUUCGAGGAGGUAAAACAAAGUGGUGCAAUCAUUCACACCAUUGCCCUGGGUCCUUCUGCUGCCAAAGAACUGGAGACCCUAUCAAGUAUGACAGGAGGGUAUCGCUUCUAUGCCAAUAAAGACAUAAAUGGUCUUAUUGAUGCUUUCAGCAAAAUUUCAUCCAGAAGUGGCAGCAUCUCUCAGCAAGCUCUUCAGUUGGAAAGUAAAGCCUUGAAUAUAACGGGAAGGAAAUGGAUAAAUGGUACAGUGCCCGUGGAUAGUACCAUUGGAAAUGAUACUUUCUUUGUUGUCACAUGGACAGUGCAAAAGCCAGAAAUUAUUCUUCAAGAUCCAAAAGGAAAAAAAUAUAAUACCUCUGAUUUCAAAGAAGAUAAGCUAAAUAGGCGGUCUGCCCGCCUUCGAAUACCAGGUGUUGCAGAGACAGGUACAUGGACUUACAGCCUUCGAAGUAAUCAUCCCAACUCUCAAUUAAUUACGGUGACAAUGACCACUCGAGCAAAAAGUCCCACCACACUCCCAGUAAUCGCAACUGCUCACAUGAGUCAAAAUACAGCACGUUACCCUAGCCCACUGAUUGUUUAUGCACGAGUCAGCCAAGGGUUUCUGCCUGUUCUGGGAAUCAAUGUAACAGCUAUCAUAGAAACUGAAGAUGGACAUCAAGUAACUUUAGAGCUCUGGGACAAUGGGGCAGGUGCUGAUACUGUCAAAAAUGAUGGCGUCUACUCAAGAUAUUUUACAGAUUAUCAUGGAAAUGGUAGAUACAGCUUAAAAGUACAUGCCCAGGCAAGACAAAACACAGCAAGGCUAAGUUUAAGGCAACAACAGAACAAAGCUCUGUAUAUACCAGGCUAUGUUGAAGAUGGUAAAAUCAUCCUGAACUCACCCAGACCUGAAGUCAAAGAUGAUUUGGCACAAGUUGAAGUAGAAGACUUUAGUAGACUAACCUCUGGAGGGUCCUUUACUGUGUCCGAAGCACCACCUAGUGGUGAUCAACAUCAUGUCUUCUCACCUGGUAAAAUUGUGGACCUGGAGGCCAAAUUUAAUGGAGAUUAUAUUCAACUUUCAUGGACUGCCCCUGGAUAUGUUCUUGAUAAAGGAAGAGCUGAGAGAUAUAUUAUAAGAAUAAGUGAGAGUUUCCUGGAUCUCCAAAAAGAUUUUGACAAUGCUACUUUAAUGAAUACUUCUCUUCUGAUACCUAAGGAGGCUGGAUCAACAGAAAAUUUUGAAUUUAAACCAGAACCAUUUAAAAUAGAAAAUGGCACCAAUUUCAAUAUUGCAAUCCAAGCCAUCUACCAAGGCAAUCUCACCUCAGAGGUUUCUAACAUUGCACAAGUAACCAAGUUCAUUCCUCCACAGGAACCUAGCAUCCCUGCUCUGGGUACCAAUACUGCAACCAGUUUGGCUAUUUUUGUAUUAGCUGUGAUCUUACCUAUAUUUUAA